AACAAUUUCAUACAUUUCUUGCGAUCUGUCGAUUAUAAUAUAUAUGCCAUAAAGUGGAUUUUAGUAAUGAUGAUGAUGAUCAAUUUCAGAUGAAAAUGUUAUAAAAGUUAAUUUUCCGACUAAAAAUUUUUCGUUUGAUCAAUGGAAGUAUCUGUAAGUUUUCCGAACAUAGCCAUCGAUUUUCAAUUUGACAGCUCGUCUUAACCUCACUUUUUACCGAUUUUGCUGAUAUAUUUUUUUUACAAUAUCUACGAUCUCGAAGGCACCAAGAAAAAGUGAUAAGUUAAACUACAUGUAAUCUAUCAUAAUGAGAAACUACGAGGAAAAAGAUUCAAUAAUUUUAGCAUCUGGUGGAUAUGAUCACACCAUCAAAUUUUGGGAAACGCAUACUGGAUUCUGUAAACGAACUGUUCAACAUGCAGAUUCUGUAAGACAAGUUAAUGCUCUAGAAGUAACUCCGGAUAGGGUGUACCUUGCAGCUGCAUCUUACCAACAUAUAUAUAUGUAUGACUUGGUGACGAACAAUUCCAGUCCUGUGAUCAAUUUCGAAGGAGCUUCUAAGAAUAUUACAGAUAUAGGAUUUCAACAGGAUGCCAAGUGGAUGUAUUCUGGUGGUGAAGAUUGCAAAGCUAGAAUCUGGGAUUUAAAAGAUUCUGCAACUCAAGCCCCAAGAUGUUAUAAUGCUGGCAAUCCAAUCACUAGUGUUACUUUGCACCCUAAUCAAGUUGAAUUGUUCAUAGGAGAUCAGAAUGGAAUUAUACAUCGUUGGGAUUUAAAAACCGAUCAGACAGAUCAGAUUAUUCCUGAGCAAGAUGCAAUGAUCUUGGGUAUAGCAAUAGAUCCUUUAGGACAUUACAUGGCAAGUGUGAAUUCUAAAGGUAGAUGCUACAUCUGGGAACUACAAGGCAGUUCUGAAGAACCAACAAAAAUCAAACCAAAGUUUAAAUUUGAUGCACAUAAUAAAUAUGCUCUCAAGGUUUUGUUUAGUCAUGAUUCUUCGUUACUGGCCACAACAUCUGGGGAUCAAAGUCUGAAAAUCUGGUCGAUGAAAGAUUAUUCCUUAAUUCGAGAAUUAAAACAAGAGGGCCAAAGAUGGGUAUGGGAUGCUGCAUUCAGUGGGGACGAUCAAUAUAUUUUUUCUGCUUCAUCUGAUGGUGUGGUUAGGUUAUGGAAUGUAUCAAAUGGAAAUAUCGAAAGAGAAUAUGCUGGUCAUCAAAAAGCAGUUACUGCAAUUGCUUUCAAAGAUGCUAUAGUUCCAUCAUGAAAAAACACGAAUGUCAAGAUGGGUUUAUAAAUAAUGUGAAUAAUUUUGUGAUAAAUAUAUGUACCCUUUGCAGAAAGUUGAGUCAAUCGGGAUUCAGAAACUCAAACGUUAAAAAUAAGAAUAUAUGUAUUGUGAAUAUUAUCCAUGCCAGAGCGUUGAAAUUUUGUUUAACAAAUGUGAAUAUUAUUAUUGAAUAAAUACUAUGAUUUAGCUGUG